GUGAUGGUGGCAAGCGGUGGCUUUCCCGCCUGAGCGGAGGCAGCCUGGGGCCUGUGGCGGGGGGACGCGCUUGUCGAGGAAGAAAUCUGCUUCAUCUAAUUCAAUCCUAAUUCAGUCCUGCUAAUCUGCUAAUACUGUAGAUUGAAAGAUUUUUUGCUGUUGCCAGGAUACCCUGUAAUGGGCAAGGAGCCUGAGAGAAUACAAAUCAUUCUGUUUUUUAACUUUUAAAAAACUUUUGUGUUUAACAGGGAACAUGUUUUAAAGUGUUUUGGUUUUGUGCCAGGAGGUGUAUCUGCUGCCCAGCCUCCAAUUCUUUGGAAGAGUUUCAAAGCAAAUGUGUUCAUGAACUGACAUAUAUUAGACCAGCAUGUUUUGGAAAUUUGAUCUCCAUUCGUCAUCCCACAUAGAUACACUUCUAGAGAGAGAAGAUGUAACACUGAAGGAAUUGAUGGAUGAAGAGGAUGUUCUGCAAGAGUGCAAGGCUCAGAAUCGCAAACUUAUAGAGUUUCUGCUGAAGUCAGAAUGUUUGGAAGACUUAGUUUCAUUUAUUAUCGAAGAGCCACCUCAAGACAUGGAUGAAAAAAUUCGAUAUAAGUAUCCAAACAUAUCAUGUGAGCUGCUUACAUCAGAUGUCUCACAGAUCAAUGAUAGGCUGGGAGAAGAAGAAUCCUUACUUAUGAAACUGUACAGCUUCCUCUUAAAUGAAUCUCCUCUAAACCCUUUACUGGCCAGUUUCUUCAGCAAGGUGCUAAGUAUUCUUAUAAGCAGAAAACCAGAACAGAUUGUGGAUUUUUUAAAGAGGAAACAUGAUUUUGUGGACCUCAUUAUUAAGCACAUAGGGACCUCUGCUAUCAUGGACUUGUUGCUCAGGCUACUGACUUGCAUAGAACCUCCACAGCCCCGACAAGAAGUGUUAAAUUGGCUAAAUGAGGAGAGAAUUAUCCAGCGGCUUGUGGAAAUUGUACAUCCAUCUCAAGAUGAAGAUAGGCAUUCAAAUGCAUCACAGUCGCUCUGUGAAAUUAUUCGUCUAAGCAGAGACCAGAUGUUACAAGUACAGAACAGUUCAGAACCAGAUCCACUGCUUGCAAGUCUAGAGAAACAAGAAAUCAUAGAGCAGCUGCUGUCUAAUAUUUUUCAUAAAGAAAAAAAUGAAUCUGCAAUAGUCAGUGCAAUCCAAAUACUAUUGACCUUACUUGAGACAAGACGACAAACAUUUGAAGGCCACAUAGAGAUCUGUCCUCCAGGCAUGAGCAGUUCAACGUAUUCGGUCAACAAAAGUGUUUUAGAAGCCAUAAAAGCACGACUUUCAUCCUUCCAUGAACUCCUUCUUGAGCCUCCAAAAAAAAGUGUCAUGAAGACGACCUGGGGUGUAUUGGAUCCACCUGUGGGAAACACGCGUUUAAACGUGAUUAGAUUAAUAUCCAGCCUUUUACAGACGAAUACAAGCAGUGUGAAUCAGGAGCUUAUAGAGCUUAACAGCAUAGGAGUAAUAUUGGAUAUGUUCUUUAAGUAUACGUGGAAUAACUUUUUGCAUACUCAAGUAGAAAUCUGUAUUGCAUUGAUUCUUGCAAGUCCUCUUGAAAGCACAGAAAAUGGCACAAUUACAGAUCAGGGUUCCUCUGGGGACAAUCUCUUACUGAAACAUCUCUUCCUUAAGUGCCAAUUAAUAGAACGAAUACUUGAAGCAUGGGAGAUGAAUGAGAAGAAACAGGCUGAAGGAGGAAGACGGCAUGGCUAUAUGGGUCAUCUGACAAGGAUAGCAAACUGUAUUGUGCAUAGUACAGAUAAGGGGCCAAAUAGUACACUAGUCCAACAGCUCAUUAAAGAGCUUCCAGAGGAGGUCAGAGAGCGAUGGGAGACAUUCUGCACAAGCUCUUUAGGAGAAACUAACAAGAGGAAUACGGUGGACCUGGUUACUACCUGCCACAUUCAUUCUUCCAGUGAUGAUGAAAUUGACUUUAAAGAAACUGGCUUCUCACAGGAUUCUUCUUUGCAGCAGGCCUUUUCUGAUUAUCAGAUGCAACAAAUGACGUCCAAUUUUAUUGACCAGUUUGGCUUCAACGAUGAGAAGUUUGCUGAUCAAGAUGACAUCGGCAAUGUUUCUUUUGAUCGGGUCUCAGACAUCAACUUUACCCUCAACACAAAUGAAAGUGGCAAUAUAGCCUUGUUUGAGGCAUGCUGUAAGGAACGGAUACAGCAGUUUGAUGAUGGUGGCUCUGAUGAAGAAGACAUUUGGGAAGAAAAACAUAUUGCAUUUACACCAGAGUCCCAGAGGCGUUCCAGUUCGGGCAGUACAGACAGUGAAGAAAGUACGGAUUCUGAAGAAGAGGAUGGAACAAAACAAGACUUGUUUGAAUCACACACCAAUACAGAGGACAAAAUGGAAGUAGACUUAAGUGAACCACCAAACUGGUCAGCUAACUUUGAUGUACCCAUGGAGACUGCACAUGGUGCCAAUCUGGAUUCUGUUGGGUCUGAUGUGUGGAGUACAGAAGAACCUAUGCCAGCAAAAGAAACUGGCUGGGCUUCCUUUUCCGAGUUCACGUCCUCUUUGAGCUCAAAAGAUUCCUUAAGAAGUAAUUCUCCUGUGGAAAUGGAAACAAACACAGACCCAAUUGAUCCCUUGAGUGCAAAUGUAACUGCUCUUGCAACACAGCUAGAGACCCCAGGAACUGUUGCUAUGGAGGCCAGCUCAGAUGGAGAGGAUGAUGUAGAAAAUGCAGACAAGGUAACUGAAACAGUAAUGAACGGCAGCAUGAAGGAGACACUGAGCCUUACUGUAGAUGCUAAAACUGAAACGGCUGUUUUCAAAAGUGAGGAAGGAAAACUGUCUACUUCACAGGAUGCUUCUUGUAAAUAUGUAGUAGAAGAGAACGCAGAGGUUGCAGAAGAGGCUCCUUCAGCUCUGCAGCCUACUAACAGCUGUCCAGAACAGAGGACUGAUCAACACACCCAUUUAGGAGAGGCAUCUGUUAAUGGCCCUGUAUGAUAUGUGGUGUCUACUACUUUGGCUGAAGAAAAUGAACUGAUAUCCAGGUGUUUGAGUGUUUCUUGAGGAUUUCAUCUAGACCCUGUUGAAGCCAGUCACUGCUGCACUAAUUUCGCAAGGGAUCAGGACCAGCAACAUUUAUAUUCUAGAUUUUAAGACAUUGUACAGAAAUUCAUAAGUGUAAAAAUAUUGCACAUUGAGAAAUACCAAUAAUUUUUGCGUAUGUUUAUAUUGUAUUGUUCUAAAUAAUGGGUGGCCUGUGAAAUAAGAUCCUGCUACCCAUGUAAUGAUGACAGUAGUGUUACUAUAGUUAAAAUGGCUGUAAGAAUAGUUUUAUAAAAAAGUGAAUACACAAAUCUAAUGUAUUUGAGACAUAACUAUUUGAUGAUUAGUGUGACCAAAGUAUUUAGCAGUUUUCAUACAUUUUUCACCUUGUAAAAAGAAAAGAAAAAAAAUGAAUUCAUGUUUCUUCUGAAACUGAAAUGCCCUAUAAAUGUUAUUUUGGUUGUUUUAGCUUACAAAAGUGAUUUAAAUAAGAAUUUUUUGGUGUUCAGCAUUUUACAACAGGUUUUUUAAUUGGUAAUUGUUUUCUGUAUUGUUUAAAACAGAUCAAAAAUGUAAGUCUAUUGGUAGAGAUUUUAAGUAUUUAUUGCUACAACUUAGUUGACAAAUUGAUGUUACUGUAAAGCCAUAUGUUCUGUUAAGUCUUGUUUGCUUGAAACAAUACCUUACAGGUGAAACACUAGAAUAUUUGAAGUGCACAUGGCUUGUUGUGUUUAAGUGAUUCACCUGCUUUUUAACCCAUUCACCAAGAUUUAGUUUAAUACCAAGCAUUAUACAAUGGAACAUUUCAGAACAAUCUGCGUAUUUAAAACGCUAUAAUCCUUUUAGACAAGUCAAGUAAAUUAAAUGCCCAUGCUGCUAAUGUAAUUACAGUACAUGCAUUUUAAAAGUAUAUAGUGUUUUUAAUACAAAUUUUGGCAGCAGAGCAUGUUAAUUGUUACUUUCACUGUACUGAUCUGUGUGAGGCUUUCAUUUUUAUGUUCUAAACCAGUUUUUUCACAGCUGGUUUGUGUAUAUAUAUAUAGUGAUUAUGGAAACUAAUUCUGUGUAAUUUAUAAUUUUCUAUGUCUGUAAAAUUCCAACAGCCUUCUCAAACAGAAGCAAUAUACUGUAUAUUGCCACAUUGUCUGGUGAAAGGGUUAAAGUAAUUCACCUCCUGCACUUUUAGAUGCAAAUCCAUUUUUGUUUCUGUAAGUUAUAUUCAUUUAUUUUUUACAUCAUUUGUUUUCCUGACCAGUAUUUAAAGCCAAAAGGAUACUCUAAACAAUGGCCAAUGAUUUAUUUUAGAAGGCAUCCCAAGUAAUGUGCCUAAACAUUACAUUGCAUACAGAAAUAAAAAAAAACCAAACCCGUAUGUAUAAUGGCAUUGCCCUUAUUGCUUCCUCUUGCAUGUUCUGCAACAAAUUUCAGUGGCACUCAUCAUUGCAGAUUGCUACAAACUGAUCAGUUGUGUGAAAAUGGAGAGAAAAAACACAGUAUCAUAGGUGGAAUUGGUAAUGAUGGUUGCCCUUUUAUUUAUACUUUAUAAAUGAUGGAAUCCAGUCAGUUUCUAAGUUGUUUCUUCUUCAGUUCAGAAUUAUUCCAGAUCAGCUUGACCAAAAAUGUUUUGUAUAUUAGCUUUAAGGUUGGCAGCUGUCCUUUUAUCAGUUUCUGAUCUGUUACUGAACAAGCAGGUUUGGAAACAAAACCACUCAUUUCAACACAUGAAUUGCAGUCCAAGUAGAGCAGUGUGGUGGCUUACGUAAGUUUGAUGCUGAUAAGGAAUAAAACUUUUAUCCUUUCCAAUGGAUCUAUUUGUCCCUUGCUAACAAGUUGAAUUAACUAGCUACAUAGCCAUGAAAAGUAAAGGAGAUACUGGCAGCAGAUUAGUUGAAACUGUAUUUCAGCCCUGUUGCCUGUAGUUCAGCAAAGUCUUCUAGUAUGUUGUCCAUAAUGAACUGUCAUAUCAGUCCACUAUCCAGUUCAUACUGAGCUCAAAAUUGAAAAGGGGGGAGUAUUUUGUCCCCCUUUCCUCCAUUUCUGAUUGGUAGUAUCAGUUGAGUGGAGGUGUGAGAAGUGGUGGUGAGUGGAAUUCACCCUUCAGUGUAGUUUGUCUUCUAAUUAAAGGGUGCAAUAGAGGUAAACUAGGUUGGCUUACCUCAUGCUGAUUCCAGUGGUCUUGAGGGUUCUUCCUUACUAUUGCAUUUAUUGUUAGUUUUAACAGCUUGUGUGGGAGGUGAGUUAAGCCUGGGAUUUAACCUAGAUUUGAUGUAGUGUGAGCUUGUUCUGAGGGGGUGUAGGGUGUGUUUUACCUGCUAACUGUAUUACUUGCACAAGGAAUCCUGAACUUGAAGGGAAAGCUUUGGAGGUGUGUGUUUGGGGAGGUGUAUGGGUGUGUACACACACACACCCACACACACCUGCCAUCUUUUACCGACACUUUAUGCUGCUCACAUAGGCUUACGAAGGUUUGAACAUACUUGGAGAGUUCUUCUGAAUGGCCGUGUUACUCAACCUGUUUAAUCAAAUUUGACUUGCAUGCAAUGGAAUUUGAGUCUUCUUUAUUAAAAGAUAUUUUAAUGCAUUUGUGAGAUGGACUAAAGUCUAAUACCUUUGUACAGGUUUGACUUCCUACAGUGUAUUUAGCAGCAGUUAGGAUGGAAUAAGCUUGCUUUGAAUGGCUCGUACUGAAUAUAUGCAUUGCCACAUUUCACAGAGCUCUUUGAAAUGGCUAGAGGCUCAGUCACUUGAAACUGAGGAAUAGUGAUGUCAGUUGAUAUCAAAGGGCAAUGGAUUUAACCCUCAGGACUUCUCUGGUAAAGGAUUUUACUCAAGAGCAUGUUGCAAAAGUGGCUAGACCAGCAAUAUAUGUAAUAGCUCAUUGCCUCUUCAGACCUGUGUCUCAGUUACCUGGCAGUGGAUGAAUCAUGCCUGACUGACCAGUUAAACCAUUAUUUUUAAGUGUAAGCCUUGUACUAGGUUUUAUAGCAAGAUUAUUCCAUUUAAGUAAAAGCGUAAGCUGUUGCCUUGACUAACAUCAUUAUUAUCAAUUAAGCAAGUAUUCCCCCUGCUCAGUGAGUUGACAGGUAGUCACUGAGAAGACAACAGGGUAGUUGAAACAAUCGCAUUAUAUCAUUGUAAAUGCAACCCAGCGUGACCAUGCUGUUGAGUGAAACCUACCUUUUUGCUCCUGUUAAGCCUUGUAUCUACCUCUUGAAAACAGUGGGUUCUGUAUUGUCAUCUGCAUACUCGUGUGGAAACUUACUGUGACAUUCAUUCUUUGUAUGAAAUCCACUGAGGAGUUAUGAAAGACUUAGGAGGAAGAUGAAUCAGGUUAUUACUAUCAUUUGUUAUAAACUUAUCUUCCUGUUUAAAUUAGCUUUAAUUUCCUUGGAGAUUGUUUUGUUUUCUGACAUAUGUCUUAUACAGUUAUAUCAGGAAGUAUUUAUUGUAUAUAAACUGAUGGCUCUAUUAAUAUACUUAAACAAUCACUUUGGACUGUCUCAGAAUAAAUAGUGCUUUCUCCA